GAACCUUUUGACGCACAGACGGCUUGAAUUUACAGUUUACCUUCUAUAAAUCGAGAUGCUCUGUGGCAUAAUGGUUGGAUUAUGGCAACGAAUGUGACGGGGGGAUUUUGCGUCAGUAUACGAGUAUAGCUCUUUCAAAUCUGCGUUUUGAUUGACUGUUUUAUCUUCACAUCAUGGAACAAAGGCGACGCGAUACACGGAGAGCGCGGACAAUGUGGGGAGCCUACAUGGUAGUUCUGGUUACGUUCUGGAGCAGAGCCUCGGGCCAAUUCCGAUAUUCCAUCCCGGAAGAAGUAAAAGAAGGAACUAUUGUUGGAAACAUUGCUAAGGAUUUAGGUCUCGAUAAGACCACACUGAAAGAGAGGGGGUACCGUAUUGUGUACGGCUCGACAGAGCCUCCUUUUCGAGUGAAUCAAGACGACGGUAUUCUGUAUGUGAACCGCAAAAUUGACAGAGAGGAAGUGUGCGACCGGAGCAAGGUUUGUGUGAUUGACUUGAAAACCGUGUUAGAGAACCCACUGGAGGUCCACUAUGUAGCUGUGGAGAUUGUCGAUGUGAACGACCACGCACCGAGCUUCCCCGAAAAUAAAAAAAUUCUAGAGAUUUCUGAAUCUGCAUUACCAGGAGCGAGAUUUCAGUUGCAAGCUGCGCGUGAUGCUGACAGUGGUUCACUGUCUGUUCAGCAGUACCGGUUGAGCCAUAAUGAACAUUUUCGGCUUGAAGUGAAAGACCGUGGUGAGGACCGUAAAACCCCGAGUUUAAUUCUACAGAAGCCACUUGACAGAGAAUCUGUCAAAACUCACGUGUUACUUCUGACAGCUAUUGACGGAGGUAAACCUCCACGAUCCGGUAACAUGACAAUAAUUGUUAAUGUUUCUGAUGUCAAUGAUAACCCCCCAGUUUUCACCCAAGAAUCAUAUACUGUGCAGCUAAAGGAAAAUUCUCCUCCUGGUACAACUGUUGUUCAGGUUAAUGCUACAGAUCUGGAUGAGGGUUCAAACGGUGAAGUUAUGUAUUCGUUUGGCAAUGACGUAGAUGCACGAGCACGUGCACGUUUUCAUUUAAAUCCAGUGACUGGAGUGAUUACUGUGGCAGGAUCUGUAGAUUUUGAAGAAUGUAACAGAUACGAAAUAGACAUCCAGGCAUCAGACAAAGGUGCGGCCACACUCACGACAGAUAAGAGCGUUAUUAUACAUAUUGUUGACAUGAACGACAAUGCACCAGAGAUUGAAGUGACAUCUUUUUCACAUGCGCUCCCUGAAAACUCAAAACCAGGAACCACAGUGGCCUUGAUUAGUGUUAGAGAUUCGGACUCUGGUCUCAACGGGAAAGUUAUGUGUUACAUAAACCAGGAUCUUCCCUUUAUCCUCACCCCAUCUUUACAAAAUAACAUGUAUUCUCUCGUCACAAAAUCGCUGUUGGAUCGAGAACAAAUAUCACAAUAUGAUGUAACAAUUGUCGCUAAAGAUGCAGGUGAACCAUCCUUAUCGUCUGACAAAAAUAUUAAAAUAAUAGUGUCAGAUGUGAAUGACAACAGCCCAGUGUUUUCUCAGAGCCCCUAUACUUUCUACAUAACUGAAAAUAACAACCAGGGUGCGUCUAUUUUUUCAGUCACGGCGCGAGAUGACGAUGAGGGCAGUAAUGCUCUUAUUUCGUAUCACAUACUAAGAGAUGCAGGCAGAGAAAACCUGGUUGCAUCCUUUUUAAAUGUUAACAGUGAAAAUGGAGAAAUUCUAGCGCUUAAAAGUUUUGACUUUGAGGUUCUGAAAAAGUUCCAGUUCCAAGUUGUGGCCACAGAUUCUGGGGCUCCAUCACUGAGCAGCAACGUCACAGUGAACGUGUUCAUUCUGGAUCAGAACGACAACGCUCCAGUCAUCCGGUAUCCAGUCAGCUCCAACGGUUCUGCUGAAGGUGUGGAGGAGAUUCCCCGCAAUGUGAACGCAGGACACUUGGUGACUAAAGUCAGAGCCUAUGACGCUGAUAUAGGAUAUAACGGCUGGUUACUCUUUUCACUGCAGGAAGUCACUGACCACAGUCUCUUUGGUUUGGACCGCUAUACAGGACAGAUCAGAACACUUCGCUCAUUCACAGAGACAGACGAGGCUGAGCAUAAACUGCUCAUACUGGUCAAAGACAAUGGGAACGUUUCUCUCUCAGCAACAGCUACUGUCAUUGUCAAACUGGUGGAGCCCAAAGAGGCUUUUGCUGCCUCUGAUGUUAAAAGCGCCACUAAAGUUGACGAGGAGGACAAUGUGACAUUUUAUCUGAUGAUAACUUUGGGCUCAGUCUCUGUACUUUUUAUCAUCAGCAUCAUCGUGCUGAUUGCGAUGCAGUGCUCCAAAUCCACAGACUAUACUUCUAAAUAUCUCCAAGAGACUAAUUAUGACGGGACUCUGUGUCACAGCAUCCAGUACAGAUCUGGAGACAAACGCUACAUGUUAGUUGGACCCAGAAUGAGUAUAGGAUCUACUAUAGUCCCUGGCAGCCAUGCUAACACUCUAGUGCUCCCUGACAGGAGGAGGGGAUCUGGAGAGGUAAGCUUGUUUCUAUGA